AUGCUUUUGACUUCUCUCUACUUCUGGGAUAAUACCUACAACACCUUUCACCUCCCUUGUGGGAUGGUUACGCCCACUCUUUUCGACGCGGCAGCCAUUGUUGGCCUUCACCCCAACGGUAUAGACUUCGACCCUACUGUCUUAAAUGAAGAUACCAUCGCUUUCGAGACUAGCCUCGCCCCAUACUCCUUAUUUAUGUCCUAUUAUCAUGACAAGACCGUGAGGAUUCCUACCAAGAAAACUUCUGUCGAAGCGUCGCCCAGUGCUGCUAAGAAGCAUUCGACAAAGGCAAUUCAAAAACCCCCAACAAUCCAAAAGAGAAAGAGUGAAGAAGAGAAAGAAAAGGAUAAAGUCCCUCAUGAAGAGUCUGGUGACGAAUCUCCAGAGUUAAUCCCUCCCCCUCAGAAGAAAAAGAAACUCACGAAGGUCUCUUCCCAAAGGUCCAUCGUUAAAUCCACUAGGAAGGAUUCUACAAGUACUCCCCCUGCUAAACCUCAGUCGAAAGAUACGGAGAGUGCGAAAUCCAGUUUUAACACUGAGAUUCCUGAGGAACAAGUGGCUGUCGAAAGGACCCCUGAGAAAAUUCUGGAGGAAAUAACCCCAGAAGAAGAUAUCCCCACAAGUGAUCAUGACAUGCAAACUGUAGCAGAAUUCGACACUACAGUGGGUGAAGCUUCUGAAGAUGAAUCUCCUCCUCAUCCAGGAUUAAAUGCUGCACCUCAGGGUGAUGACAUUGACAUGGAGGCUGGGGUCGAAGAUGAUCCUGAAGACGAAGCUGCCAAAGAUGGGGAUAACCAGUCGAAACAAACGGAGGUUGAGCAUACUUCAGAGCGAAACACUCCACCUGCUCCUGACCAGACCCAAAGGAGUGGCAAAUCAACUGGAUUCUUCGCAGAGCAGUUCGACCACUUCUGGGGCAACUUCUGA